CUGAACGCCAUCCUCAAGUCAGAGACAGACACAGAGACUUUAACUGUAACACAAAAGCUCUUACACACAGGAUCUGAUCACAGAUCAGACCCAGAGAGACUGGGCAGUCGUCCUGCUCCUGGCUCAGAAUACUUACCGGUAUUUCACCAGAGCCAGGGGACGGUUAAUUCCCGUGGAGAUGGUGACACGUUAGACACUGGCGGUGAUGAUCCAUCUUGUUCUUACACUACAGAGAUGAACCCUGGCAACAUGCUCUUGGGUUUAGAGAGACAGACUGAUCUGUCUAGAGGGGAAUGGAACCGGUACAGUAGUAGUGUAUACUCUGAAGGGUGCCUAGAUAAAGGGGAGGUUAUAGUGGUAGAUGACGUGACUGUGAAAGUGGAGGGCGAUGCUCCUCCCACAUGGAAUGCAGAUAGUCACCUAGGAGACGGACACUCACAGGACGGAGAUUUAUUUGAUUACAGGGGAAGCUUAGAUACAAAUCUAAAUGUCACGACCCACUCCCCUUUACACGCGUUCAGGGAUCACGAUGCCGUAUUCACGUCGAAGGCACUUUCCGAUUCACACGGCAGCGAUCUUUUCAAUCAAGUACUGAACUCAAACGACAGGGAUAUAGCCCAGUCUCAGGGAGGGGGAGCCACAUCGGGCAAUAGUAAAGAGAAACGGUUCCUCUGCAUGUUCUGUAACAAAGGCUUCAGCUGCCCCCAGAAGGUGGAGAUCCACCAGAGGGUCCACACAGGAGAGAAACCCUUCAGCUGUACCCAGUGUCAUAUGUGCUUUGCUGAGGCUGGCAACCUGAAGAGGCACCAGAGGGUCCACACAGGGGUGAAACCCUUCAGCUGUACCCAGUGUCAUAUGUGCUUUGCUCAGGCUGGUGACCUGAAGAGGCACCAGAGGGUCCACACAGGGGAAAAACCCUUCAGUUGCCUCCACUGUGAGAAGAAGUUUUCCCGCCAGCACCAGCUGAAGAUGCACCUGAAGGUUCACACGGAAGAGAGGCCAUUUGCCUGUACACACUGCAGAAAGAGGUUCUCAGAGAGGAGCUAUCUUAGGAUACACCAGCAGAAAAACCAUUCCUCUCUAUAGCAUAGAAAGUAACCAUUCCACUCGAUAGCUUCUGAUGUUUAGCUCAAUCCCUGCAUUAAAGGCAAAGAUUCAUUUUCGUUGUUGUCAGCAAAAAGAUAACGUUAGUAAUAGAUUUCAGUGUUGAAUAUUUCUGGGUAGGAUAUUGCAUCCAGACAUUGUGUGUUAUAUAUGGUAUAUUUUAGCCGGGAAAGUCAGUUACAUAUUGUGUUUGUUCUGUGGUGCCUAUAUAAUGUUCACAAAUGCCUAGUUCCUUACUUUCAUUCAACUACUUCAUCUUUUUCCUAAGACACUUGUACUGAGAAAAUGUAUGCAGUUUAUCUAGGUCCUGCAGAUUUUUUUGUUGAGUGUGUGUGUGUUUGUGUGGUUUUCAUAUUGUGUAUUUAAAACUUGUUUAUGUUUAAUAAACACAAAAUGGUAAUUUUCA